ACGAAGUGAUUUCGAUGGGAGGAGUUUGUUGCCUCGGGGGAGAAGGUGAAUACUAACACCUUCAGCAUCUUUUCAAGCUGCGCUUUCAUGUGGAGCCGCAGCAUCGCGGCGAAGCGAUGGUGGUUUUUUUGUUUGUUUUUUUUUAUUAUUUUUUCCUCCCUGCAACUCGUAACAUGAGAGUUGAAUGGCGUCUGGGCCACAAUGUGAACUUUAGCGCAUUCAUCGGACUCCCCGAGUGCUGCAGAAACAAGCAGGGACGGUCCUGAGAGGUCAUUUUUCUCCUGAUCGGACUGAACUGCAACAAUGUCCGCACUACAGAAACAAGCGACAAGAGGCCAAGACAGCCAAGUCUUGCCGAAGGUCCCUGUGCCCCCACUCAAACAAACCCUCGACACCUACCUGAAAUGCGUCCAGCAUCUUGUGAAAGAAGAGCAGUUUAAGAAGACUAAGACCAUCGUGGAGAAGUUUGGGGCUCCCGGAGGUAUCGGGGAGAUCCUUCAGAAGAAACUUUUGGAGCGGAAGGACAAAAAAGCCAAUUGGGUCUAUGACUACUGGCUGGAAGACAUGUACCUAAACAAUAGGUUGGCCCUGCCAGUUAAUUCCAAUCCUGCCAUGGUGUUUCCAAAACAGGCUUUCAGAGAUCACAAAGAUGCUCUCAGAUUUGCUGCUCGUCUCAUCUGUGGGGUGUUAGAGUAUAAGGCUCUCAUUGAUGCGAGAAAGCUGCCUCUGGAUUUUGCUCGAGGCCAGUUAGCAGGGACUCCUCUGUGCAUGGAGCAGUAUUACCGCCUCUUCACCUCCUACCGCUACCCGGGGCUGAAGACGGACACGCUGAAGGUCGACUUGAACGCUGCCUCCUCGGCGCCAGAGCACGUGAUCGUGGCGUGCAAAAACCAGUUUUUCCUCUUGGAUGUAGUCGCAAACAACAAGCAGCUCAACGAGGCGGAGAUCUUCCUCCAGCUGGAGAAGAUCAUGAAAAUGUCAGAAAAUGCUGAAGAGAGACUCCCUCCUUUUGGGAUCCUGACCUCAGAUGGAAGGACUGAAUGGGCACAAGCCAGGGAAGCACUAAUAAAAGAUCAAGCUAACCGUGACUCUCUGGCUCUGAUUGAGAGCUGCAUAUGCGUGGUGUGUUUGGACGAGCCCUGCGGCACUCCGCCCAGCGACACCAACAGGGCGCUGAUGCUGCUGCACGGUGGCGGCCGGGAACGGAAUGGCGCAAACCGCUGGUAUGACAAAUCAAUGCAGUUUGUUGUAGGAACGGAUGGGGUGUGUGGGGUGGUGUGUGAGCAUUCCCCGUUUGAGGGAAUAGUCAUGGUGCAGUGCUCAGAGUUCCUUAUGAAACGCAUAACAGGGAGUCCCUCCAGGACGGUUCAGCCGUCCAGCACCAGAGCACUACCCCCUCCAAGGAGGCUGCUGUGGAAAUGCAACUCCCACGUUCAGGCUCUCCUAGAAGCAUCUGGAGACAGACUGCAGAGGCUGGUGAACAAUCUUGAUAUGGAUGUUUUCACAUUUGAAACUUACGGAAAAGAAUUUAUCAAAAAACAGAAGAUGAGCCCAGACGCAUUCAUACAAAUCUCCUUGCAGCUUGCUUUUUACAAAUGCAGAGGAAGGCUGGUGUCCACGUAUGAGAGUGCUUCGCUUCGCCGUUUUCAAGAAGGUCGGGUAGAUAACAUCCGUUCAGCCACAGCUGAGGCCCUGGCCUUUGUGAGGUCCAUGGCCGACGAGAGGGCAACUUUCACAGUGAGUCAUUUGUCUCACUUUCUCCCUGAUAAUCAACUCCCAGAACAAUGGCCACCUGUAAAUGAGACAGGUGUGAGCAGCCAGUUAGAGGACUCUGAAAAAAUGAAACGACUGAAGGAUGCAGUAAAGGCCCAGACAGACUACACAAUCGCAGCAAUUACAGGAAUGGCAAUAGACAAUCACCUCCUUGGACUUCUGAAGCUCUCAAAGCAGCUGAACAUGGAGAAGCCAGAGAUGUUCUGCGACGAGACAUAUCUGGCCAGUAACCAUUUCACCCUCUCUACUAGUCAGGUUCCUACAACAGUGGAGAUGUUCUGCUGCUAUGGGCCCGUGGUUCCCAACGGCUACGGCGCCUGCUACAACCCGCAGCCGCAUCACAUUGUCUUCAGCGUGGCGAGUUUCUGGGAGAACACGGAGACAAGCUCGGCCGUUUUCGUCAAAGCCCUAAACGAGGGCCUGUUGGAAAUCAGGGAUCUGUGCAACAGGAGUGCAGCUGCAGCUACCAAACCACCGGAAAGCAGCCCGGCAGCUGGCCAGCCUCGUAAAUCAGGAAAGUAAACUAUAUACAGAUAGAACCUCCCCUAUACUCACCUAAUCGAAUCUUAGAUUUAGUCUCAGUUGGCCUGAUAGUUCAAGAAAAAUGAAAAGCCUUAUAAAUGAAUAUUUAACUACAUAGAAAAAUAUAUGUACAUCUUUAGAAAAUAUACAGAAUAGAAAAACGAGUAGAUAAAUUUCUUUUCUGGAUGCGUAAGAAUGAUGUGGGGUUCAAAACUGACUCUGGUGGACUGAAGUUAGUCGGUCUGCUGCACUUAAGGAACUUGAAGCCAUGUCUGUUCGUAGCAUCAGUCUGAGGAUUCAGUCCUCAGUCUAAGAGUUAUUUAAAAAAUCCUUCCUGUGUAUAUCACAUCUAACUUACACCACAUGAAGUAUUAACAUAUAAAACAGGAUAGCAACUGAAAUCUGAAUAGAGUAUAGUAUAAUUUAUUAAUGCCAUCUGGUAUUUGUGAAUGAGCUUUCACAUUUGAUCUACACUGUGAUUUUAAAUGUUCAAAUAUAUAAUGUAUCAAUAUGUGCAAUUUAUUAUUUUUUUAAUCAUAAGCUUUCCAAAGAGAUAUGUAUAUGUGAAGUAUGUCUUUUAAAGCACUUUAACACACAUACACUCAUAGACAUAUGUAGUUGAAACCAGAUAUAUACGUACACCACAGGUGAUGCUUGGAAGCCUCUAUUUUAUUUAAUUAUGAUGAUGUUCUGCGUCCAGCUGACUUAAAACCUCACAUUUAAGAUUAGAACAUUUCCUCAUGUUUUCGAAUAGAAGAAAA